AUGUCAACAUUCGUGGGUCGCACCAUUGAAGUUGGUGCCAGGCGGCUCAAAAUCAAAAAGCUGCUGGCUGAAGGUGGCUUUGCGUUCGUCUUUGUCGCACAGGACGUCGCUGCGGCGCCAGGAACGCCUGCCAUCUACGCCGUCAAGCGCCUGAUUCUGGCGGAUCGCGAUCGCCAAACCAUGGCCAAGCGCGAGAUUGAAAUCAUGCGUGCCGUUUGCAAGAACGAUAACAUUGUGACGCUCUACGACUCCAUUCUGAUUCCAGGCGCACAGUCUGUCAGCGGCUCGGAAGAAGCCUUGAUUGUUAUGGACUUGUGUGUUGGCGGCAUGCUGGUCGACAUUAUGAAUGCUCGCAACAAGCGCCCCUUCACCAAGUGGCAAGUCUUGCGCAUCUUUGCCCAAGCCUGCCGUGCCCUCGAAGUGCUCCAUCGCCAGCAGCCUCCGGUCAUUCACCGCGACUUGAAGGUGGAGAAUCUUCUCGUUACCGAGAAGGGCCAAAUCAAACUGUGUGACUUUGGCAGCGCCACCACCACGGUCAUGAAGCCCGCCAACCAUGCCGAAACGCUGCGUUGUGAAGACGAGAUUCAAACCAACACGACCGCCCAGUAUCGUGCUCCUGAGAUGAACGAUCUCUACAGCGGCCAAGCAGUCACCGAGAAGGCCGAUAUCUGGGCUAUGGGUGUCAUGCUGUACAAGCUGUGCUUCUUCGUCACUCCAUUCGAAGAGGGCAGCAAGCUGGCCAUCAUCAGCGGAAAGUACUCUUUCCCCGAGCAUUCUCAAUUCCGCGAAUUCCACGAUUUGAUUCGCAUCAUGCUGAACGUCAACCCGGAAGAGCGACCCAACAUUUCGGAUGUCCUGCAGCAGGUCACGCUCACCUAUGCCGAGCUCGGUCCAGACCCCACUCGCAAGACCCGCCCUGGCGGUGACAAAGGUCUUGCCGAUUUGGCCGAUGCUGAUCUGAUUGCAUCCUCGCCAGCGGCUGCUGCGAUGCGAUCUGACAGCCAGCGCGCCGCGUCUCCCGCAACUCCAGCAGCUGGCAGCGCUCCCUCCACUGGCGGCCAGGCUCCCGCCCGACCCGCGGGCCCUCCUGCGUCGGCUGCAGCACACGUGACUCCUGCUCCCCAGCGGUCACACUCGGAUCUCCAUUCCGAGACAAGCAGCGACUCGUUCGGAGGGUGGGGUGAUGAUUCUCGCCACGACAACAAGGCCUCUGCUCUCGGCAAGCACCUGUUUGAGAAGGCCAAAGACAUUGGUGGCAAGGUGAAGACUGCCGGCACGUCUCUGGUCCGGAAUGUCAAGGACAAGUCUUCGGAAGUCAUUCGCAAUGUGGUUGCCAGCAACACGAUCAAACAAACUCAUGAUCUUGACAUGACCUACAUUACCCCUCGCAUCAUUGCUAUGGCAUACCCUGCCGAGGGCCUCGAGUCCACCUACCGCAACAACAUUGACGACGUCCGCAACCACUUGGACGCCAAUCACCGCGACCACUACAUGGUGUACAACCUGACAGAGAAAAAGUACAACCACAACAAGCUCCGCAACAAUGUCAUGGACUUUGGAUGGCCGCCGCACCAGGCCCCGCCGUUGGAACGACUGUUUUCCAUUUGCCAAACCAUGCAUUCUUGGCUCAUGUCCAAUCGGGAGAACGUUGCGGUUGUCCACUGCAUUGCUGGCAAGGGUCAGACGGGUCUUGUCAUUUCGGCCUAUCUGAACUACUGUGGCCUGUUCUCGACUGUGGAAGAUGCGCUGCGCCUUUUUGCCAGCAAGCGCUUCCGCACUUGGCGUGGUGUCACCCAGCCCAGUCAGAUUCGCUACGUGGGCUACUUCAACAAGCUGCUUGCCAACAACAUCAAUCCCCAUGACAAUGUGAUUGUUAUUCGCAACAUGGUGUUCAACACCAUUCCUCAGUUUGAUGUGCUACGGUCGGGCUGCCGUCCCUACUUUAAGAUUUUCAAGGAGGGGCAGCUUCUUCGCUCGACACUGCCAACCAAUCCGGAUGAGCUCCCGUCGUACGGUGUCAAGGACGGCCGUGCCAACUUCCGUCUCGAUUGCGAGUGCCAGGGCGAUAUUCUGAUCAUCUGCUACAACGCCAGCGUUACGCUUGGCAUCCUCAGCUCAACCCCCAUGUUCCGCCUGCAGUUCCACACUGGAACCAUGCGCUCGCAGAAGAUUGUGUUCAACAAGUCCGAGUUGGACGAAGCUGUUCGUGAUGAUCGCUUCUACGAAACUUUUGCCGUGCAGCUUGAAAUUGAGAUUACCGAGCGCAAGAUUACCAGCCAAGAGAAGCACGCCUGGGAGCUCAUCCCACCCAAAGACCAGCGAGCGUACAAGCAGACGUGCUUUUUCAACGACGAAGAAUCCGACCAGUUCCGCAGCGACUAUGAACUGACGUUGCGCACGUACAAGGAUAACAACCACCGUGCUGGUUCCACGUCAAGCGGGCCUGGCAAGCCCCAACCUUCCGAAGGUCACGAAGAUGACGAUAUGGAUCAUGAUAAUGAGGUGCCAGAAGGCUACGAGUCAUUCAACAAUGGUCAAGCCGAAGAUGAUGAUGAUGAUGACCGUGAGGAAGGAGGCUCUUCUCGUCAGGAAAACCCUGGUUUGGAUUGGGACGAGGAAGAGGACCGUCAUUCGGCCGCUUCCGGUCACGAGGCGCCACAACCGCGUGCGCCGCUCCCCCAACAAGUUCCCACGGGUCCGAUUGGGGCGCAGCUUCUUGAUCUGUUUGGUGACGAACCGGCGCCAACUCCAGCGGCGGCGGCGGUUCCAAAUGCCGCGCGCGGUCCUUCGCCGAUGCCUGCUGCUCAGCCUCAAGGUGCCACCAAUCCUCCCCGUCCGAGCGUCGCAACGGAUGAUCUUUUUGGUCUUUUUGACGCACGUUCCCCUGCUGCACCUGCACCUGCAACUGCGCCUGCGAAAGCAUCCCUCGAUCCAUUUGCAGUCCCGCAGCAGGCGCCGGCAGCGCGCUCUGCUUCAGUUACGCCACAACCGCAGACUCAAUCUGCCCCGGCCAAGAAGAGCGGUGGAUUGCUGGAUGACUUUGACGUGUUUGGGCCUUCUGCAAGCGUCCCAGUGACCUCCAUCAACACCAACAACCACGCUUAUGCCUCGACUGGCUCGACCCCUACCGUGUCUGCCCCUGCCACGGUCUCUGCCUCUCGAGACUUGUUUGGCAUGGAUUCGUUCGGUCCAAGCUCGAGCGCUCCUUCGAUGCUUCACACUCCGCCAGUAUCCACUACUGGAGCCAACCAGCCAAAGUCCUCGUUUGACGAUCUUCUUGGCGGAUUCUCUGCAUCAUCGUCCCGCUCCAACUCGAAUACUCCGAUGAACAAUCUUCCGCAGCAAUCCAUGCACAGCGGCCAGCCACAGUACGGCGGCAUGGGCGGCAUGGGCAGCAUGGGCAGCAUGGGCAGCAUGGGCGGCAUGGGAAACAUGGGCAUGGGUGCCCAACGUCCAUCCAUGAUGCCUCAGCAGCCCAACUACGGCGGCGGCUUUGGUGGUCCUUAUGGCAACCCCUCUGCAGGUGUUCGUCCUGGAACUCCGAUGCAGCAGCAGCAACCGGCGCAGCAGCAGCAGCAGCAGGCUCGUUCGUCCCACUCUGACGAUCCUUUUGGUGAUUUCGGAUUUGGCAACGCUCCUGCCUCCAAACCCGCCACUACGAUCCCGCAACAGGCGUAUGGGCAACAGCCCUCGUUCGGUCAACAGCAGCCAGCUUUCGGUCAACAGGGCUUCGGCCAGCAACCCUUCCAAGGACAACAGCAAUUCCAGGGUCAGCAGCAAUUCCAAGGCCAGCAGCAAUUCCAAGGCCAGCAGCAAUUCCAGGGCCAGCAGCAAUAUCGCCCGCAGCAACCUUCAAUGCCACAGAUGCGCCCAAACCUCAACACGCAUACUGUCCCGCAACGAAUGCCUGCAACGAACGCAAAGCCCGACGAAGGCGUCGGCGCGUUUGCGGAUCUGCUUGGCGGCCACUCUGGAUUCAAUCCCGCAGCCCACCGAGUCCCGGGCUCCAUGAACGAAAUGCGCAAGGCCGCCGUCAAAGGUGAGGCCAAGACUCCGGAGGAUCUCGAAGCCAUUCGCGUUCAGGAAUGGGUCGAAGGCGGCAAAAAGGGCAACAUUCGCGCGCUCUUGUCCUCGCUGCACACGAUUUUGUGGGAGGAGAGCGGCUGGAAGGAAGUGAGCAUGGCACAGCUGCUCAAGCCGAGCGACAUUAAAAAGCAGUUCAUGAAGGCCUGCUUGAUUGUCCAUCCUGACAAGGUUGCUGGAUCGCCACACGAAAAUCUCGCCAACCUGAUCUUUUGCGAAUUGAGCGAGGCACAAACCGCGUUCAAGGCCGCCAACGAAUAG